CUUCUCCAACGAUCUGUGGUGGUCCGGCUAUAACAUCAGCGGCUACGAAGCGUUCCUCGUGGACCUGGCCAACACCGUGCUCACGACGCGGCAGUUCUCGGGCACAGUCGACUUGCUCGCGCCGCGGAUGGCCAUGCGCAAGCUCUACACCGCCCCCACGUCGCUCUCGCUCAUUGCGCCGACGUACGUCCGCAGACUGCUCUACAUUGAGCUCACGUCGCCAGCGCAUGCGAUUCCCAAUUUGCGCGCCACCAAGUCGCAAAAGCUCGUGUGGCUAUCCACGCAACUCUGCUAUGUCGACUUUCACCGACAACUGGAGCUCGCGCACACGGCGGCCCGGCAACAACGGUGCGCCUCCCGGUACGCGACCAAUGGCGCCGUGUACAUGGAAGCCACGUUGCGCAACACGCAUUUCAACGAGUACCUCGCCCUCUACGGCGGCCCGGGAGGCUUUUUUAGCGUCGGCGUCGACACAGCGCUGCAGGCGUCGGCGUACGGGCGUCACUGGCUGCGCACGACGUCGAGUGCGCGCAACGACACUUCUGUGAUCGACGAGCUUGCCUACUGGCGCAGUUGCAACAUCACGUCGUUCCAGUUGCAGUGGACCAACGACCGGGAUCCGUCGAUCUCGGAAACGAUCACGCUCACAAACGCGCUCGGGAUGGCGUUCUCGGUCGACAUCAAGAACGUCCCGUCGAACAUUGGGCCGUGGACGUCCAUUCUGCUCUGCGGAUACCCCGCGAACGAUCUCUACUUUGCCCGGCUCUUCAAUGCAAGCCUCGUGCGGAGCGCAGUCAACUUUCUCGGCCACAAAACGAGCUUCGAGGCUUUGCUCGGAAUGGAGACCGUCGCCGGUGUCUUCGUCAAUCAGUCGGGGCUCGUGCGAGCGGCCAUCGGGCCUUUCAACAGUAUUGAUGCCUACUACGUCCCCGUCCCCGUGUCCUUCCA